AUGGAUAUAGACAUUCCAUAUUUUUUUUCUAGUCUUGCGGGUGAAAUUGAACCCAAUACUCAAGAAUCAUCUUCAAGUGAGUUACAAGCACAGCCAAGACAACAAAUCAAAAGCCACAACAGCAAUCCAAAUGCUAUCUUUCAUAAAUUAUUAGAAAAGGUGAAUCUAAAGCCAAGUGUUUUCCCCUCAUUAACGAAAGCACUAAAUGAACCACAUAUAGAUCAAUUAUUGUCUUGGUUAUUAAUGACAGCAGAAACAAAGUUAUCGACACAAGGAAAGACAUUCACAGCUAAUUUAGAAAAUAGUCAAGAAAGUCAAGUUCAACCGAUUCAAACAUCAAUAAUCUUUUCACAAGGACAAGCUUCAGCAACACGAACACAAAGCGAAUUUUCUCAGUUGAAAAUUAUGAGAUCUAAAAUAAGGAAGAGAGAUGGUGCAAUUAAUAAUCAAGAUAAAGGAAAUUUUUACGAUAAACGACAAAAAGUCGACGUACCAUGUACAAUAAAUGCGAGAAAUUACACGAUGAUAGCAGAUACAUAUAGAAAUGACAUCACAAGAUAUAGUAUAUUCGAUAUGAAUAAUCUUGAGAAUAACCGAGAGCUGGAGAAAAUGAUAGAAACUGGAUGGUGGGUACUUCAACUUGGCGUUAGUAGAAUUUCAUCAAUCCAAAAUCAUAGUCGUGACGAUGAGAUACUUCAAACAGUUAUUCGGUUUUGUUUAACAGAUCGGGUACUUGCGAGGAUUGUGAAAUCAUUAAAUCACGACUCAAGUUCUUCUUCACAUGCAAGGGAUUUUACGGACGAUUUAUAUGUAAACCUUAUCAAAGCACGGAUCGGAACCAUUUACACAAAAUAUGGAUCAAAUGAAGCAUUUAAUUUGAUCAAUCCGAUUUUUCAAGACAUAUUCGAGAAAUUACUUAUAGCCAUCAUCAACAAUAAAGAUGGAACGAACGAAAACGAAAUUUUGGAAAAAACCUUCUCGGGACAUUUCACGGAUCCCGAAACUUUUAAAACUAAAGAUGAUAAUACGCACACCAAACAACGUUAUCAAUCCAUCCCUUACACCCGCUGGAAGGUAUUCGGCGAACAUUCAACCAAAGUAAAUGAUGCAAGUAUGAAAGCUUUUAACGCACAGCCAGAAUAUUAUUGUAUUUAUCAAAAUGAUAAUAACAUCCUUGUCGAAGUGUAUAUUGGAAGUAAAAAAUUUGCCGAAGUUAAUAGUAAGUUCUGGAAGACAGCAUUAUACGAAGCAUUUUGGAUAACAUAUAAAAAGCUUGAUUUAAGUAUUCACGAUAAUGAGAAAACUAAGGUUUUAAGCAAAACUUAUUUAGGUUUAUGCAAAUAA